AUCUUGCGCUCUGACACCAGAAGGUGACAGCUACGUGAUGACGUCGUAAUGUGCGCCGGAAGUGACCGCGGCGCUGCACAGGAGGGAAGAUGAAUGUGUGCCGGGGAUUUGCCCUUCUGAGCCGCGGUGUCCGGGAUGUGAGCCGCUGUCAGGUGCUCAGAACAAGACUGUUUCCUUCUUGUGCUUGUGCCAUCACACAGACAUAUCGCCAUGUUGCGGAUACAACCACCGCUGGAAGUGCACCGCCUGCUGUCCCCCAAGCAAAUGACAUACAUGCCAAUGUCCGGAAGCUGAUAAGCAGAACUGAUGAACCAGACAUCCUGUAUAAGAAGAUAGAAGUGUUAGCAAAAGGCCAUGACAAAACUGUUCUGGACAGCUAUGAGCAGUUUACAGUCCUCGCAGCUAAAGAACUUGGCAUCGGUGUGGAAAGGGUGUAUGAACCGAAAAGAAAAAUGGAGAGAUUCACUCUCUUAAAAUCCAUACACAUUUUCAAAAAGCACAGAGUGCAGUAUGAAAUGAGGACACAUUACAGGUGCUUAGAGCUGAAACACCUGACUGGGAGCACCGCCAAUCUUUACUUAGAAUAUAUAGAGCGCAAUGUCCCAGAAGGAGUUGCUUUAGAAAUCACAAAAACUAAGAUCGAGAAGAUACCAGAUCAUCUGAAAAGUCCAGUAUGGGAUACAGUGAACUGAAGAGUAGGAAGAUCAGUAUUGAGUUUGUGAAGUUGUAUUUAUAUUGUAAUAAUAAAUCUUUUCCCAUUUAUUUAUUUUUGCAAGUUUUAUUUAUUUUUAAAAGGCCACAGUUCUACUUUAAAGAGGAGGUCCAUCACUUUCAAGUGCAGCGAAAAGAUUUUACAAAUGUGACCUGCACAACAAAUGAGGACUUUCAUUCAGUCACAGGAGACCAUGAUCCCUUUUGGUGUUGCAAACUAACCCCUCUUCAUCAAGGCCUGUCACUGUUGGCUUGAUGAAUGGGUCCUUAUAUGUCAGAUCGUCUUCUCCAGAGACAUUAAAGUGGAUGUAAAACUGAUUCAUGAAAUUUGACCUGA